UGCUUGCUUGCAUUUUGUGUGGUGCAAUUUGCAAACCGAGCAUUCAACUCAAGUUUAGCCGCGUCCAGAACAACACCCUUCUUAAAGCCCUUCAACGUCGUCAUGAUGAUGCUUCGUGGCCACCGGGCGUGCCGCAGCCUCGCCCGCCAAGUCACUCAGGUCCGUCAGCUCAACUUGCACGAGUACCAGAGCAAAGGCCUCAUGCAGAAGCACGGCGUGACAGUGCAGCGUUUCCGAUUUGCAGAGACACCCGAACAAGCCGAGGAAGGCGCCCGUGAUCUUGCGGCGCGCGAGUACGUGCUCAAGGCACAAGUGCACGCUGGUGGUCGCGGCAAGGGCACGUUCAGCAGCGGGCUUCAGGGCGGCGUCAAGCUCACCACAGACCCUAAGCAGGUGAAGGAGUAUGCCAGCCAGAUGCUGGGCUACAAGCUCGUGACGAAGCAGACCCCGCCCGACGGUGUGCUUGUGAGCAAGCUCAUGGUUGCCGAGGCGCUGGACAUUGCGCGGGAAACGUACUUUGCCAUCCUGAUGGACCGCGACUCAAACGGGCCCGUGAUGGUUGCCUCUCCCGAGGGCGGCGUGGACAUUGAGGAGGUUGCCGCCAAAACCCCAGAGCUCAUCUUCAAGGAGCCAAUCGACAUUGUCAAGGGCGUGACUGAGGAGCAGCUCGACCGCCUUGCUAUCAACCUGCGCUUCGAGGGCCAGCAGUUCCAUGACGCGAAGGAGCAGAUGCGUAAGCUGUACGAGCUCUUCCUCGCCGUCGACGCAACGCAGGUCGAGAUCAACCCCUUUGCCGAGACCCCAGACGGACAGGUCGUGUGCUUUGAUGCGAAGAUCAACUUUGACGACAACGCGGCGUUCCGGCAGCAGGAGAUCUUUGCCAUGCGCGACACGACGGAGGAGGACCCGCGCGACGUCGAGGCCGACAAGCACGGCCUCAACUACAUUGGCAUGGACGGCAACAUCGCCUGCCUCGUGAACGGGGCCGGGCUUGCGAUGGCGACGAUGGACAUCAUCAAGCUGCACGGCGGCGAGCCAGCAAACUUCCUCGACUGCGGCGGCGGCGUCACAGAGGACAUGGUGACGAGCGCAUUCAAGCUCCUGACAGGCGACAAGCAAGUUGAGGCCAUCCUUGUGAACAUCUUUGGCGGCAUUGUGAACUGCGCCACCAUUGCCAACGGCAUUGUCAGCGCGUGCAAGAACGUGGAGCUGCAAGUUCCGCUCGUUGUCCGUCUUGAAGGCACAAACGUGGAGAAGGCACGCCAGGUGCUGAAGGAGUCUGGUCUUCCGAUCAUCACAGCCACGGACCUUGAUGACGCCGCUAAGCGCGCUGUCGAGGCCGCGGCACACGCCCGCGCACAAUAGGCACCACCGCACGUACACACGUGCGCCCAUGCACAUCAACCUGUGUGGGGGGGGGUGUGCCUGUCGCUUGUUGUUGUGAUGCACGUGGUGGAUUUGGGUGAUUGGUAUGGUGUGCGUGUCCUUGUUUCUGUCGUGCGUGUACUGUGUUGUCUUUGGCGCGCCCAUGUGUACGAUGAUGGCCUUGAACACUGCCUUUGUUGGUUAGUUGUCAAUGGAUGAUGGCUGCAUUUGCUUUUCUUUUGUUCAACAGUAAACCCCCCCGUGUGCCAGCCAACACCAUGCAACGUUGACAUCAAAGAGAGGCCGCAGCAGCUUUGAACCGCACACCCUCCCCCC